CACCAACAACUUUUUUUUUUUAAAAAAAGAGCAGAAACGGAACAAAGAAGAAGAGAACGGCCGGUGGGUACAACGGCCUCCACUAAACAAAACCCAAAACCCCCAAAAUUCACAGCCAACUCUUUCUUUCUUUCGUUUUCUUUCCUUUUUCUUUAUUUUAAUUUCUUCACACCAAACACCCUUCUAUACAUCACCAUCUCACCAUUACUCCGCCAUUUUUACUUCCCUUUCACUUCUUUCUGUUCUUCAUCACUCCCAUUUUCUCUCUCCUCUUAUUAAUCAACACCCCAUUUUUCAUCAAAUUCAACAGCAUAAAUUGAUUGAUUGAUUGUACUUCUGGAAAUUUUGAAAAACAAAAAAAAUUCAAAUAGUAUUGCGUUUUGAGUAAUCUUAACGCCAUUUUUCACGCAUUCCCAAUUUUAGUUUUUGCCCAUUUCUCCAAUUAUUGCGAUCAUUUUCUUGAAUUUUUGGUGUAUAUGCUUAGAGAAAAAGUCAUCAUAAGAAGAAAUUAUGGGUUCUCAGUUGGAAAUUCAACCUCGUGAGCUUAAAUUCAUCGUAGUUGAAUUGAACAAACAGAUCAAGUGUACGGUUAGCCUCAGCAACAAAACUGACCAAUAUGUUGCUUUCAAGGUUAAGACUACAUCGCCGAAGAAAUAUUGUGUGCGGCCUAAUGUUGGUGUCAUUCAGCCAAAAUCAGUCAAUGAAUUCAUUGUCAUUAUGCAAGCUUUGAAAACAGCUCCAGCUGAUAUGACUUGCAAAGAUAAGUUCUUGGUUCAAAGCACAAUUGUUCCUGAAGGAACAAUGGAGGAGGACAUUACGUCUGAAAUGUUUGUUAAGGAUGGUGUGAAGUAUAUCGAAGAGAUGAAAAUGAGAGUGAACCUUGUUAUCCCAACCCCACCAUCUCCAGAGUUAUUACCCCUCAACGGAACAGUGAAACAGGUUGAUGAUCAUGUUGAGUCUAAAACAGUAAAUAAGGAGGAUUUGAAGCCAGUGAAGGAUACAGUCCAUUCAGAUGUUGCUCGAUCUCAGGAUGUGAAAUCAGAACCAAUUAAGCAGAUGAAUUAUGAUCUUAACAAGGUUGUUGACUCAAGUGUGAAGAAAGAUGUUGAGCCACAACUCACUAAGGAUAGCAAGGAAAUAAAACCAGUAACAAGAAACAAUGAGGAAUCACAAAUUAUUGAGCCGAGAAUCCCAGUGAUUGAGGAGGAUCAAAGACUAUUCAAGGAUGUUGAAGAGAUGAAAUCAAAAUUACAUGAACUUGAAUCGAAAUUAAGCAAGGCUGAGGUGACCAUUUCAAAUCUGACAGAAGAGAGGAGGCUGGUCAUUCAGGAAAGGGAGAAUCUGAAACAAGAGAUGUCUUUUCUAAAAUCAAGAAAAGUAGAAAGAAGAGUGCAGGAUGGAUUUCCGCUUAUGUUUGUCUGCAUGGUAGCACUCAUCAGUCUUAUCGCCGGGUAUGGCUUUCAUCUCUGAGAACCACCAGUGUUUGAGGCCUAAGCAUGAACCACAUCCUUAAGCCUCUUCCGCUCUUCAAAUACAAAGCAUAGUUGAGGCUCUCUUUGUCAGCCUAGUUUGCAGAGACAGGGUAAUGUGAGAAUGUAGUUGUGGCAGCCAUGAGGUAUUGUGUAUAUGUUAGAAUUUCAGUCGAUAUUAUUUGUACAUGACCAUACUCCCCCCCCCCCCCCCUUCCCUCCCCCUCUUUCUCCCUUUUGCUCUCUUAUUUUACUCUUGAGAUGAUGAGAAUAAAUCAGUAGUGUUGCUCUGUAUGUGUGGAUAUUUUAUAUACUCGUAGAUGUAUGUUUUGCCCUCUAGUAAAAAUACAAGGGUUGAAUAUUUCCCCUGUUGCGAUACUGAAGUGGACUGCAAUGUAAUUGAUUUUCCUUUCAUUCUGGCAAUUUAGCUAAGUUAAAAUGUUUUGAAACAGCUUAUUCCUCGAAUGUUAAGUCCAUUUUGAUUGUAUUUUGAUUCAGUAUAAGAUGGUUUGAAACA